AUGAUGUUUGCAAGGCAGCCGCUGUGGGUGCCGCUGUUGACACACGCACCGGUGUUUUUGGAACGAUAUCUCUCCCUAACGCAGGCCUCUCCCCACACGAAGCUGCUGCUGGAUUCUAUCAACUACUCGCCGGAGGACACGCGGGUGCUACUCGUGCCGGACGCAAGGGCGAAAGGGCGUCAUGUGACAUAUGCGAUGGCGUUUCCCUUUACAGUCACCGCUGCCGUGUGCGACGCAGGGAUUCCCGGUGGCGCGGAUGGUGGUGUAAUGAGCAGCGGGGCGUUCACGUCCCUCUUGGAUGUGACCACAACAAUACACGUCAUGGAACGUAUCAUGCCUUCCAGAGACGCCCACGUCUCGGUGAGCAUGCAGACAAAUUGCCUGCACCCCAUCCAACUUGGCGAAAAGGUGCUGCUGAUCAGUCGUGCAGACAAGAUGGGAUCUCGACUCGCAUUCAUGUCAGCGGAGUUACUGCGCGACAACUGUGGUGGGAAUACGGCGUUGGACGGAGAGCCGCCGGCGGCUACAGUGGAAGAAAUGGAGAGGCUUCUUAGACGCUUUGAGAUCCUCGCCAACGGAAAACAUGUGAAGUGCUUCAUUCGCCCCAAAUAA